AUCAGGAACGGAAGUUGGGAAUUCCAGGAUUUCGGUUACUUCGUAAUCAACAUUGAAUUUUGAUACGUUUUUCGUUGCAAAAUGUAACAUUUCGAAAUAACAGAUUAACGUAACAUAUCACUGUCCACAGAUUUUGAAAUAAUAGCUUUCUUAAUGAAAUGGAAUGAUUAGUAGACAAACGAUGUCCGCAACGGAAAGUUCUGAUGAAUUCAUCGUUUGUCGUGAUAAAGUUGGUCUGAUCGACUCUCUGAAAAGCAAAGUAGAAAGGUUGUAUGGCACACGAGUCUUUUUUCAUGAAGUAUCAACAGAUGGUGGAAAGGAAAAGAGAUGGGUUUCGGUCACUGGAGGGAAAUGGGACAGACAGAAUGCAAAGAGUUACAUUCUUGGCCUAAGUGACCCUGAAGAGACAAAGGUCAUUAAGUGCUCUGCUGACUUCCUUGACGAUGAAAUUCUUGAAAAUAUUGAGAAAAACACAAAUGCAGUGUUGAUAAGACCUUCCUCCAGCACCAUAAAGAUCAGUGGUAAUGAACUUGCAGUUACUCUUGCUCUCUCAGCCCUGGAGGAACUGACCGGGUGCAGCAGUGACAUCAUUGAAGUGGACAGCCCAGAAGUCACUUCCCCCAAUGACCCAAAUUCACAGAAUACCAGGGGUAGGGCUGUCUCUCAGAGACUGGAUGAGAAGUUAGAAGAGACAUUUGGGGAACACAGUGGCUCACUUAACUACCCUGACAAGAUCAAGCGAAUCUUCUUAGAGGUGGGUCAGCAUCAGACUGAUGAUGCGUGUCAGAUGACCAGCUUCAUGGCUCGGGCAUUAAGAAAACAUCAUCUGAGGUUAUUGUGCGUGCUAGAGGUGAAGAUUCAAGAAAGAAUGUUACUGCUCCAAUAUGCCGGAAGAAAUCCUCAGGUGAAAUUGAUACAAUUGUGGGGAAGACAGUGGUAGAUGGUGCAUCGUGUAGGAGACCAAGUGUAGAAGUUUCUAAGGUAACAAAACAGUUCACAUCUGCAGCACAGAUUAGUCCAAGAAGGAAAGGUCAUGGUGUAGAUGCUGCAGAACUGAAGAGGUUUGCUACAUCUGCUGGUUACACAGAUGAGGAGAUUGAAGAGGGGUUUAUAUAUGCUCCACCACCAUUGAAACCAACUGAGUUCCUCAAUCUGCUGAUGCAGGUGAAAGAAGCAAAGCAGCAGUUGGGUAUGAGUACAGAUGAAACCAAGGCUGGUGGUGAGGACUCAGAAGACGAUGUGGUGUGUUUGGAUGACACUGACAGCAUUAUGAUAGUGGAGGAUCAUUUCCAGUGUGACAAGGACAAGCAAGAAACUAUAGGGGCAAGCAAACAAGGAGGUUUGAGCCAAAGAGAUAAAAGGAAAAAUGAGCAGAAGCAGAAAGACUUGGCAGCAGCCUACCACCAGCAACAGAGCAGCGAAGACAGGAAGAAACUAUACAAGGCACAAUCACCUAAGCACCAAAGUGUUUCAGGUACAAAACGCAAAUCUGAUCCAGACUCAGAUCAGGAACAGACUUGUGUGAUGAAGGUUUGGGAAGCUGCUCCCAACUUGCCUGAUACCAUGCCCCAGAUCCCACCUAGACAACAGAGACUCGUUGCAUCAGCACAUGCUGCACGGGAUGAGAUACUUGGUACAUCAGCAUGGGAUGCACGACAACAGAGGUCUGAUAGAUCAGUGCUGGAUGCACAACAGCAACAUCAGCAGCAGCAGCAGCGGCCAGUGCCUGUUGCUCUCAUGUCUGUCAACCCUCAUGCCACUGUCCCUGUGCCAGCUUAUAGUGCAUCAGAUAGAUCUGUUCCAGGGUCUACAAAACAAAACACACCUCCAGGGGAUGCCCUUCGUUACAUCAUCAUCGAUGGGAGUAAUGUUGCCAUGUUUCACGGUAACAACAAAGUCUUCUCCUGCAAAGGUAUCCAGAUUGCUGUUGACUACUUCCUGGACAGAGGUCACAAGGUCACAGUGUUUGUCCCCGAGUGGCGAAAGUACCGGAACUAUCAUGACAACAAGAUCCGAGACCAGGACAUCCUUUUACAGCUGGAGGAAUCGGAACACCUGGUGUUCACUCCAUCCAGGAGAAUACAGGGGAGGCUAGUGGUCAGCUAUGAUGACCGAUAUAUAUUAGGACUAGCUGAGAAGGAGGACUCUGUGAUCCUGUCCAAUGACCAGUACCGUGACCUCAUGAAGGAGAAGGUCAGCUGGAAGAAAAUCAUUGAGCAAAGAUUGCUGAUGUAUAGAUUUGUGGGUGAUCACUUCAUGCCGGCAGAAGAUCCACUUGGAAGGAAUGGGCCAAUGCUGGAUGAGUUCCUUAGAAAACAGCCUCCACCAUCACGAGCAGCUGUUCCUACACAGCCAUGGUACCAGGGAACCCAAGGCCUCAUGGGAAGCAGACCCCCACAGCAAGCUCCUGUGGGCAAACACUUCCCCAUCGGACAUUGGGAGAGUGAUGGUGUUGCUCACAAUAGAGAUCCCCGUGGAAACAUGCCCAACGGAGGAAGUGUCUGGCAUGCAAAGGGAAGACCACCACCACCCAGAGUGCACAAUCCUGAGAGAGAGGAACCACCAAAACGCAUUCCAAGUGUUACUGAGGACUUAUUCUUACACCUAAAAAGUGUUUUUCCGGAAAAAUCCCAAGAAGACCACAUCAGGAAAGUUUUGGAUAACCACCGCAGUGAGACCGAUCUAAACAGACUAACCAACUAUUGCAUGGAAGUUAUUUUUCAGUAACAAGAAUUAUGUUGGACUAUUUAUCGUUUGUUAAGGAAAUGAUGUGCUGUGCCCAUAUUUCAACUUGACUUGCCUCCUGUCAGUAUGAAAUGUAAAGGAAAA